AUGGUGUUUUCCACCCACCAUAAAGGCAGUCCAACUCCAAUGCCCAUGGAUUGGCUACAAAAGUUCAUUUUGGCAGCACUUCUCAUUUUGGCUGCAGCCAUUGAUGGAGCUCAGGCAGAUACCGUGGUCAGUGGCACAGUCUUCUGUGACCAAUGCAAAGAUGGUGAAAGAUCCCUCUUUGAUUAUCCCAUCAAUGGUGUUAAAGUACAAGUGGCUUGCAGUGACAGCAAUGGGCAAAUCACAAUGUCAAGGGAAGAAACAACAAAUUGGUUUGGAAACUAUGCUGUCAAGUUUGAUGGCACGCCAGAUUUGAGUGGCUGUUUUGCUCAGGUUUCAAGCACAGGGCAAGGCUCAAAUGGCUGUGGGGUUAGUGCUGGCCCUGCUCAAAGCCUUAGACUUAUCUUUAGGAUAUUUGAUACGGCGAUGUAUGCUGUGGACUCUUUGCUCACUCAGCCUGCUCAGCCUAUGUCAUUUUGCCCAAGGUCAGCUAAUCCGGUGGCUCCUGCGCGGCCGACACCAGCUAGGCCUCUGCCUAACCCGGCCAGCCCUCCGCCUUUUAGGUUUCCCCCUCUUCCAAAAUUGCCUCCAUUGCCUCCAUUGCCUCCAUUGCCUCCACUGCCCUCAUUGCCUCCAUUGCCUCCACUGCCCUCAUUGCCUCCAAUGCCACCAGUGCCCUUCUUGGAAGCUACAGCAUGCCCUCAUCAGCAGUGGACAUUGCCAGGGCACAAAUGCUACUGGAGGGCAGUGAGCCCGGACACAAAGGUAGCCGUUGUUUUCGGAUUGGCGGCGGCCAGGAGAUACGGGACUGACCUGACAUUAUUGCAAGGCCUACAAGGAAGAGGAGAACCUUACAGGACUCUCCUGAGGGAAGGGAUCACUGCAUUUCUCAACUCCUACAGUAGUCUUCAAUUUCCUUACAAUUCAAUUGCUGUGGUCCAGCAUUUUAAUUAUGGCUUGAUGGGCUCCAACAGAAACGUCCUCUUUACAGCCUUGCGCUUCAUCAGGGCCAAUUCAGGUUAUGGGAGAGUCCCUUGCAAAUUUACUGCUUGCAAGUGA